AUGUUCCGAGUUCCUCUUCGUCUUUUGGAUGGGAAUUCCGUUUCGGAGAAGCUUGAAUCAUCAGCCACGGAUUCCUCCACGGGCUUCGCAGAUCUUCGGGUUUUCUCAGGUGCCCGACGGGCCGAUUGUGGCCAACCGGCAGCUUCAUCAAACCUAUCAUCUUCGGACGCAUGUAUUCGAGAAUCAUCAGUUGAUUGCUGA